AUGGAGUUUCUCAAUCAACUCGUCCUUGACCCUAAAUACCAUGAUCUCUUGUCUAUUCUGAAAGGUUUCCGUAGUGGUGUUGUGUAUGGCGCUAAAGUGCGAUUUCCUCAUGCGCUCGUAAUGACGAUUCUAUUCAAAACUGGAUCACUGGAGAGCAAAGUCAAAGGCAUCUUUAGAGCAACAAAGCAGCAUGCACAGAACUUGGGUAUAUUUGCUACCAUCUAUAAAACAUUAAUGAUUGUGCAAAAAAAGAUCAAUGGUGGUAAGGAAGCAAGUAUUCAUCCAUUUAUUGCUGGCGUCAUUGGCGGUUACUAUGUUUUCGGUGAGAACAAUAGCAUCAACCAACAGAUCAUUCUUUAUCUCUUUUCUCGAGUUGUAUUGGCAUUGGUCAAAGUGCCUGUAAAGAGACAAAUCAUUGAUGCACCUCAGCACACCUAUCCCGUUUUCGCUGCCGUUGUAUGGGGCGUUGUCAUGUGGCUAUUCAGACAUGAGACAGAUACAGUUCAACCUUCACUUAGAGCCUCUAUGCAAUAUAUUUAUCGUGAUUCUGACUCUUGGAAUUCACUCAAGACCUUGAUUUGGCAUAACAAAUAG